AUGAGCCAACAAUUAAAUGGAACCUCAAACGAGGUGCUGUAUGAUUCAGUGCAACAACCACCAUCGGACAGUGACGCAUCCUUUAUGGUUCCUAACGAUAUAAGCGUCCAAUGCCUUGACGAUGCCGGCAGAGACAUACUCAUCGGUGCAGGGUUCAGUGCCUUGGAAACGUUGAUCCAAUUCAUCGUUGAUGCUGGGGUUGAUCGCUGUAAGAGAAUCGGUAACAGGUUGAGAAACGGCUUUAAGGACAGUUUAAUCGGACUCAUCAACGAGCUGAGGAUUUGCGUUGCAAUGUUCCCCAUCUAUAUCAUCCUGUUUUCGUUCCAUUUUUCGCUGAUUGAGCUCAUAGGGGAUCCAAGAGUCAAGCCGGUAAAGGGAUCAUUGAAUUCGUGUGAGAAGGAUGACAUUCCCAUGCCAAGUUCAUUGAGGCAGUAUGGGUAUACCGAUUUCAAGUCGUAUAUCAUUCGAGAUCCAAAGUUCUUUGGGUUCCAGCUGCCUCACGACGCAUCCCCAGAGUUCCAGGUUGAAUUUCUCGUUGCACGACACAUUGAGGGAUACACCACGGUAUUUACUGGUGGCGAGUCACAAGCACACUUGAUAGAAGCCAUCCAAAGCUCUAAACCUGGAAAAUCGAAUCUUUCUCGCAAACAAGGCAAAGUGUUCACUUCCUUCUCUUUCAAGAGUACGCCGUACAGCGAGGCUCAAAGACUCAGAGAACAAACCACCGACAUUCCAACCCUGGGCAAGAAGCUCUUGGAUUACACGUUGAAGAAGCCCUUGUGCUUCUCCCAUGUAUUCGCCUCAAACGCUGUUGACGGUGUCCCUGACAUUACACUCACGGGACAAGCAUAUGUCAAUGGCUGGGGAUCCAUCUCCCCGAGCUGUCUACCCUGA